AUGGAGCACCUGGGUCCGCACCAUCUCCACCCGGGCCACGCGGAGCCCAUCAGCUUCGGCAUCGACCAGAUCCUCAACAGCCCGGACCAGGGCGGCUGCAUGGGGCCCGCCUCGCGCCUCCAGGACGGAGAAUAUGGCCUUGGCUGUUUGGUUGGAGGCCCCUACGCUUACAGCGGCGGGGGCCCCCCAGCCGGGGCGGGGGCCGGGGGCGCAGGGGCCUAUGGCGCUGGCGGUCCGGGCGGCUCUGGUGGCCCGGCGGGGGGCGGCGGCGGCGCCUGCAGCAUGGGCCCGCUGGCCGGCUCCUACAACAUGAACAUGGCCUUGGCGGGCGGCCCCGGUCCGGGCGGCGGCGGCGGCGGCGGUGGCGGGGGCGGCGGCGGCGGCGCGGGGGCGACGCUGAGCGCUGCGGGGGUGAUCCGUGUGCCCGCGCACAGACCGCUAGCUGGAGCGGUGGCCCACCCUCAGCCUCUGGCUACCGGCUUGCCCACCGUGCCCUCCGUGCCUGCCGUGCCGGGCGUCAACAACCUCACCGGCCUCACCUUCCCCUGGAUGGAGAGUAACCGGAGAUACACAAAGGACAGGUUCACAGGUCACCCCUAUCAGAACCGGACGCCCCCCAAGAAGAAGAAGCCGCGUACGUCCUUCACGCGCCUGCAGAUCUGCGAGCUGGAGAAGCGCUUCCACCGCCAGAAGUACCUGGCCUCGGCCGAGCGCGCCGCCCUGGCCAAGGCGCUCAAAAUGACCGACGCGCAGGUCAAAACCUGGUUCCAGAACCGGCGGACGAAAUGGAGGCGGCAGACCGCGGAGGAGCGUGAGGCCGAGAGGCAGCAGGCAAACCGCAUCCUCCUGCAGUUGCAGCAAGAGGCCUUCCAGAAGAGCCUGGCGCAGCCGCUGCCCGCCGACCCGCUAUGUGUGCACAACUCCUCGCUCUUCGCCCUGCAGAACCUGCAGCCCUGGUCUGACGAUUCCACCAAGAUCACCAGCGUCACGUCGGUGGCAUCAGCCUGCGAGUGA